AAAUAAAAAAAAAUUGAAGAAAACAAAAACAAUAACAAAAACACACUAUUCGAUCUACAGAGCAAAAGGGUUCGCAUCUGUCUCUCUCUUCGCACCGACUUUUCCAUUUUUCGGCUGAAAUUCGGACUGGUGAAAGGGUCUCUAUAAGCUUGCUUCGUCGCUUGUUCUUGCUUUCAAUAUUUUUGUUUCCCGACGACAAAAUCAAUAACUUGUACCGAAAGACAACAAAGUGGGAGCAAAGCGAGCCAAGUUCAUUAUUGUUUAUUUGUAUUGACCUUGAAGAAGAGAGGGAAAGGAAAAUUGGUCUGAGAAAAGGAAGGAAAAUUUUGUGGGUUUGGAUUUGGAUUUGGAUUUGGAUUUCACCGUUUGGCAUUAUUGGAAGAAUCAAUCAGUUUGUUCUCUGAUCUGGGUUUUGAUUGAACUCUCAUCGGUAUUAAAGGAAUCGGAAGCCAAGGCUUCCGAUCCGGUUGAAGUCAUUCGAAAUGGCUGGUUCAGUCAGUUUUGCCGUUGGAUCUCUUGUUUGGGUGGAGGAUCCUGAUGAUGCUUGGUUAGAUGGGGAAGUUGUGGAGGUCAAUGGUGAAGAGAUUAAAGUUCUUUGUACUUCAGGGAAGACGGUUAUUGUUAAGGCUUCUAAUGCCUAUCCCAAAGAUGCCGAAGCACCACCAUGUGGAGUUGAUGAUAUGACAAGGCUGGCUUAUUUGCAUGAACCAGGAGUUCUAUAUAAUUUAAAAUCUAGAUAUGACAUUAAUGAAAUCUAUACUUACACAGGGAAUAUAUUGAUUGCUGUGAACCCUUUUAGAAGACUACCACAUCUAUAUGAUAACCAUAUGAUGGCACAAUAUAAAGGGGCAGCUUUUGGGGAACUGAGUCCGCAUCCUUUUGCUGUUGCGGAUGCAGCGUACAGGCAAAUGAUCAAUGAGGGAAUAAGUCAGUCAAUAUUGGUUAGUGGCGAAAGUGGUGCAGGUAAAACAGAAAGCACAAAAAUGCUUAUGCGUUAUCUCGCUUACAUGGGAGGGAGAGUUGCAGCUGAGGGAAGGACUGUUGAGCAGAAAGUCUUAGAGUCUAAUCCUGUUCUAGAAGCAUUUGGUAAUGCAAAGACUGUCAGAAACAAUAAUUCAAGUCGUUUUGGUAAGUUUGUGGAGCUUCAAUUUGACCAGAGGGGAAGGAUUUCGGGAGCUGCUAUAAGAACUUAUUUGCUUGAAAGAUCUCGUGUUUGUCAAGUGUCUGAUCCUGAGAGAAAUUAUCAUUGUUUCUACAUGCUUUGUGCUGCUCCACCGGAGGAUGUUGAAAGGUACAAAUUGGGGAAUCCAAGAACAUUUCAUUAUCUAAAUCAAUCAAAUUGCUAUGACUUGGAUGGAAUUGAUGAUUCAAAAGAAUACAUAGCAACAAAGAGGGCCAUGGAUGUUGUUGGAAUGAGUUCUGAGGAGCAGGAUGGAAUUUUUCGAGUUGUGGCUGCAAUUCUGCAUUUAGGAAAUAUUGAUUUUGCAAAGGGAAAGGAAAUGGAUUCGUCUAUGCCCAAGGACGAAAAAUCUUGGUUCCAUUUAAGAACUGCUGCAGAGUUGUUCAUGUGUGAUCCAAAGGCUUUAGAGGAUUCUCUUUGCAAACGUGUAAUUGUAACUCGUGACGAAACAAUCACAAAAUGGCUGGAUCCAGAAGCUGCAGCUGUCAGUAGAGAUGCGUUGGCAAAAGUUGUUUACUCACGGUUGUUUGACUGGCUGGUGGAUAAGAUCAAUAAUUCAAUUGGUCAAGACCCAACGUCAAAGUUUUUAAUUGGAGUGCUGGAUAUUUAUGGAUUUGAGAGUUUCAAGACAAACAGCUUUGAGCAAUUUUGCAUCAAUUUGACAAAUGAAAAGCUUCAGCAACACUUUAACCAGCACGUUUUCAAAAUGGAGCAAGAAGAAUAUACGAAAGAAGAAAUUGAUUGGAGCUACAUUGAAUUCGUUGAUAAUCAAGAUAUUUUAGAUCUCAUUGAAAAGAAACCUGGUGGCAUAAUAGCUCUUCUGGAUGAAGCUUGUAUGUUCCCAAGAUCAACACAUGAAACCUUUGCCCAAAAGCUGUACCAGACAUUCAAAAACCAUAAACGCUUCACUAAGCCAAAAUUAUCACGUUCUGAUUUCACUAUUUGCCAUUAUGCUGGUGAUGUCACCUAUCAAACUGAAUUUUUUCUGGACAAAAACAAAGAUUAUGUUAUUGCUGAACAUCAAGCACUCUUGAGUGCUUCCAAAUGUUCCUUUGUGUCGGGUUUGUUUCCACUUUCAUCUGAGGAGUCCUCUAAACAAUCAAAGUUCUCUUCAAUAGGUUCACGGUUCAAGCAACAAUUGCAACAAUUGCUUGAAACUCUGAGUUCGACCGAGCCUCGUUAUAUUCGCUGUGUGAAGCCCAAUAAUCUUCUUAAGCCAGCUAUUUUUGAGAAUAGCAAUGUUCUACAACAACUGCGUUGUGGGGGAGUCAUGGAAGCAAUUAGGAUCAGUUGUGCUGGAUAUCCUACAAGAAAACCGUUUUUGGAAUUUGUAGAUCGAUUUGGCAUGCUGGCACCUGAAGUUUUGGAUGGGAGUACGGACGAGUUUGAUGCUUGCAAGAGGCUCCUAGAGAAGGUGGGAUUGCAAGGCUAUCAGAUUGGUAAGACAAAGGUGUUUCUAAGGGCUGGUCAAAUGGCAGAACUGGAUGCCCGCAGAAUUGAGGUCUUAGGAAGAUCAGCAAGCAUUAUUCAGAGGAAAAUCCGUUCUUACAUGGCUCGCAAAACUUUUGUCUUAGUUCGUCGUUCUGCAAUACAGAUUCAAUCUGUGUGUAGAGGACAACUUGCUCGGGAAGUUUACGAGAACAUUAGAAGAGAAGCUUCUUGUCUGAGAAUUCAGAGAGAUUUUCGUAUGCAUCUUGCUAGGAAAGCUUAUAAAGAAUUGUGCUCCUCUGCUGUUUCUAUUCAGGCUGGCAUGCGUGGAAUGGUUGCACGUGAUGAGCUUCGCUUUAGAAGGCAGACAAAAGCAGCAAUUAUUGUUCAGAGCCAUUGUCGCAAAUACUUAGCAUGCUUGCACUAUACGAAGUUAAAGAAAGCUGCAAUCACCACACAAUGUGCAUGGAGGGGAAAAGUUGCUCGUAGAGAAUUGAAGAAGCUUAAGAUGGCUGCAAGGGAAACUGGCGCUCUUCAAGCUGCCAAAAAUAAACUGGAGAAGCAAGUUGAAGAACUAACAUGGCGAUUACAGCUGGAGAAGCGCAUGAGGGCUGAUGUGGAAGAAGCCAAAACCCAAGAAAAUGUGAAAUUACAGUCUGCGAUGCAAGAGAUGCAACUUCAAUUCAAAGAAACUAAAGAAAUGCUCAUGAAGGAACGUGAGGCUGCCAAAAAGGCAGUGGAGCAAAUCCCCAUCAUACAGGAGGUCGCAGUCAUUGACCAUGCAGUGGUGGAUAAACUUGCUGCUGAAAAUGAGAAACUCAAGGCCUUGGUUAGUUCGUUAGAAAAGAAAAUUGAUGAAACAGAGAAAAAAUUUGAAGAGACAAACAAAGUUAGUGAGGAGAGGUUGAAGCAGGCUUUGGAGGCAGAAUCAAAGAUAAUUCAGCUGAAGACUUCUAUGCAAAGGCUUGAAGAAAAAAUUUCUGACAUGGAAUCUGAGAACCAAAUUCUUCGACAGCAGUCCUUAUUUAAUGCUCCUGUUAAAUUUGUGUCGGAACAUCCAUCAACUCCAGUAACUAAGAACUUGGAGAAUGGUAACCAUGUGAACGAAGAGAAUAAGUCAAAUGAACUGCAAACUGUCACACCUACUAAGAAGUUUGGGACAGAAUCUGAUAGCAAGUUUAGAAGAUCUCUGAUUGAACGUCAACAUGAGAAUGUCGAUUCUCUUAUCAACUGUAUUAUGAAGGAGGUUGGUUUUAGCCAAGGCAGUCCUGUUGCAGCAUUUACUAUUUACAAAUGCCUUCUCCAGUGGAAAUCUUUUGAGGCUGAAAGGACAAGCGUGUUUGAUCGUCUCAUUCAGACGAUUGGUUCAGCUAUUGAGAAUCAAGAUAACAACGAUCAUAUGGCUUAUUGGCUAUCAAAUACCUCUACAUUGUUGUUCUUGCUCCAAAGAAGUUUAAAAACUGCUGGUGCAUCUGGUGCAACCCCACACCGAAAGCCACCCGCUCCUACAUCACUGUUUGGGAGAAUGACUAUGGGUUUCCGCUCGUCUCCUUCUUCUGCAAAUCUUGCACCUGCACAUGACACAGUACGCCAAGUUGAAGCAAAAUACCCAGCUCUGCUUUUCAAGCAGCAGCUCACAGCGUAUGUGGAGAAAAUCUACGGAAUCAUUCGAGACAACUUGAAAAAGGAGUUGGCAUCAUUGCUUUCCUUGUGUAUUCAGGCACCAAGAACAUCCAAGGGGGGUGUGCUAAGAUCUGGGCGGUCCUUUGGCAAGGAUUCUCCAUCGAAUCACUGGCUGAGCAUUAUUGAAUGUCUCAACACUCUUCUCAGUACAUUGAAAGAAAAUUUUGUUCCUCCAAUUCUUGUUCAGAAAAUCUUUUCUCAAACUUUCUCAUACAUCAAUGUCCAACUCUUCAAUAGUCUUCUUCUACGUCGUGAGUGUUGUACAUUUAGCAAUGGGGAAUAUGUGAAAUCUGGGUUAGCAGAAUUAGAGCUUUGGUGUUGCCAAGCAAAGGAAGAGUAUGCAGGCUCAUCAUGGGAUGAACUUAAGCACAUAAGACAAUCUGUUGGGUUUUUGGUUAUACAUCAGAAAUAUAGAAUUUCCUACGAUGAAAUUACCAACGAUCUGUGCCCUAUUCUAAGUGUCCAGCAGCUGUAUAGAAUAUGCACUUUGUACUGGGAUGACAACUAUAAUACUCGAAGUGUAUCUCCCAAUGUCAUUUCCAGCAUGAGGGUACUAAUGACAGAAGACUCUAAUGAUGCUGGCAGCAGUUCCUUCUUGUUGGAUGACAAUUCCGGCAUUCCUUUUUCGGUUGAUGACCUCACCAAGUCACUGCAAGAGAAGGAUUUUUCAAAUAUCAAACCUGCAGCAGAACUUGUUGAGAAUCCAGCCUUCCAAUUUUUAGAUGAAUGAGGGUAAAGGAUUUUCGAGCAUGCUUUCGCCUAUUCUGCCAAAUUAGGCAGAUUUCUCGAACAGUACAUUAAUAUGCUGUAAAUCUUAUUUUAUUUUAUUUAUUUAUUCUUCCCUUUUUUGUGUUUCACUAUAGAUUUUUUGUCAACAUCCCCCGCCAAGUUGUAAAAUUAUUUUUGCAUUUAGAUUUGUAAAAUAUCUAUAGAAAACUGGCGGGGAAUUCACCUUUCUCCAUCGAGAGUGUUUUUGCUUUAAUAUUGUUUUAUUCUUCUGCCAACUGUGGGCAGCAUUCUUUAUAGGGAGCUUAGAAGAGAGCUCAGAAGAAAUGCCUAUUGUUUUAGUAAUUGGUGAGCUGCUAUAUAGUUUUUGCUUGCUUUUCACCCAAUUUCGUCGUGUAAUGAACAGAUCAUAUGAACUCAAAAACAAAUUUGUAUGAGAAGUAUUUGGUUGAUUUGUUCUUGUGGCUCCA